AUGUCUUACCCAGGUGCUAUUGGUAUUGAUCUCGGUACUACAUACUCAUGUGUGGCUACUUACGAAUCAACUGCUGAAAUUAUUGCUAACGAAUUCGGUUCCCGUGUUACCCCAUCUUUCGUUGCUUUCACUCCAGAAGAACGUCUUAUUGGUGAUGCUGCUAAGAACCAAGCCGCUUUGAACCCAAAGAAUACCGUCUUCGAUGCCAAGCGUUUGAUUGGUAGAAGAUUCGACGAAGAAUCUGUCCAAAAGGACAUCAAGACCUGGCCAUUCAAGGUUGUCGACGACAAUGGUGCUCCACUCAUUGAAGUUGAAUACUUGGGUGAAACCAAGACCUUUGCUCCACAAGAAAUCUCCUCUAUGGUUUUGACCAAGAUGAAGGAAAUUGCUGAAGCCAAGAUUGGUUUGCCAGUUGAAAAGGCUGUUGUCACUGUCCCAGCUUACUUCAACGACGCUCAAAGACAAGCCACCAAGGAUGCUGGUGCCAUUGCUGGUUUGAACGUUUUGCGUAUCAUUAACGAACCAACCGCCGCUGCCAUUGCUUAUGGUUUGGGUGCUGGUAAGUCCGAAAAGGAAAAGCACGUUUUGAUUUUCGAUUUGGGUGGUGGUACUUUCGAUGUCUCUUUGUUGCACCUCGCUGGUGGUGUUUUCACCGUCAAGGCUACCGCUGGUGACACUCACUUGGGUGGUCAAGAUUUCGACACCAACUUGUUGGAACACUUCAAGAAGGAAUUCCAAAAGAAGACCAAAUUGGACAUCUCUUCUGACGCCAGAGCUUUGAGAAGAUUGAGAACUGCUUGUGAAAGAGCUAAGAGAACUUUGUCUUCUGUUACCCAAACUACCGUCGAAGUUGACUCCUUGUUCGAAGGUGAAGACUUCUCCGCUAACAUCACCAGAGCCAGAUUCGAAGACAUCAACAGCACUCUCUUCAAGUCCACUUUGGACCCAGUUGAACAAGUCUUGAAGGACGCUAAGAUCGCCAAGGCUAACGUUGACGAAGUUGUCUUGGUUGGUGGUUCUACCCGUAUUCCAAAGGUCCAAAAGUUGUUGUCUGACUUCUUUGAAGGUAAGCAAUUGGAAAAAUCUAUCAACCCAGAUGAAGCCGUCGCUUACGGUGCCGCCGUUCAAGGUGCUAUCUUGACUGGUCAAUCCACCUCUGAAGAAACCAAGGACUUGUUGUUGUUGGAUGUUUGUCCAUUGUCCCUCGGUGUCGCCAUGGAAGGUAACGUUUUCGCCCCAGUCGUCCCAAGAAACACCACUGUCCCAACCAUCAAGAGAAGAACCUUCACCACUGUUGCUGACUCUCAAACCACCGUUCAAUUCCCAGUUUACCAAGGUGAACGUCCAAACUGUGCCGAAAACACCUUGUUGGGUGAAUUUGACUUGAAGGGGAUCCCACCUUUGCCAGCUGGUGAACCAGUCUUGGAAGCCAUCUUCGAAGUUGACGCUAACGGUAUCUUGAAGGUUACCGCCGUUGAAAAAUCUACCGGUAGAUCUGCUAACAUCACCAUCUCCAACGCUGUUGGUAGAUUGUCUUCUGAAGACAUCGAAAAGAUGAUUGAUGAUGCUGAAAAGUUCAAGUCCUCCGAUGACGCUUUCACCAAGAGACACGAAGCUAAGCAAAGAUUGGAAUCUUACAUUGCUUCUGUUGAAAACACCGUUACUGACCCAGUCUUGUCCCAAAAAUUGAAGCGUGGUGCUAAGAACAGAGUUGAAUCCGCUUUGUCUGAUGCUUUGGCUGCCUUGGAAUUGGAAGAUUCUACUGCCGACACUUUCAGAAAGGCUGAAUUGACCCUUAAACGUACCGUUACCAAGGCCAUGUCUUCCCGUUAA